AUGGUCAUCAAUCAUUAUGAAGGAGGAAAGAUUGGGCUGAAACCUAAACAGAUCAUGGAAAAAGCUAGAAAAGAUCAUGGUGUUGUGAUUUCAUAUUCAAAGGCUUGGAGGUCUCAAGAGCACGGCCAAGAUAUAGCUAGGGGUACUCCUGAUGAUAGUUAUGAAGCUUUGCCCAGCUGGUUUCACAUGAUAAAAGAAAAGAAUCCAGGUUCUGUGACUUUUAUCGAAGUUGAUUCUGUUGGGAAAUUCAAAUACGCACUUUUGUCGCUUGGUCCAUCUAUCAGAGGGUUUAAGUUGAUGAGGAAGUUUUUUGCUAUAGUUGAUUAUGAUAAUGAUGCCUCAUGGAAUUGGUUUAUGAAAUGUCUGAAAACCAUCAUUCCUGAUGAAGAGGAUUUGGUUUUUGUCUCUGAUCGUGCAACCUCUAUUGAAAACGCUCUCUUACAACAUUAUCCGCUUGCUCACCAUGGAAUCUUCGUCUUUCACUUUGAAAAGAAUGUCCUGGACAAUUUCAAAAGUUCAACACUUAUCCCUUUGGUUGUUGAAGCUACUUAUGCCUACACCAAGGAUGAUUUUGAUUGCUAUUUUCAUGAGAUUGAGGCGUCCGACAUUGUAUUAGCAGAUUAUCUUCGUAAAGCAUACUUCAGGAAGUGGUCCCGAGCUUAUUCUCCUACUAAUCGCUUCAACAUCAUGACGUCAAACAUGGCCGAAUCUAUAAAUUCUUUGCUGAAAGUGAGUCGUGAGUAUCCAAUAGUCUGUCUUUUUGACAAUGUUAGGAUGAUAAUGACUAGGUGGUUCACUGAACGACGUGAGCAAGGAGUUCGUCACAUCCACCCUGUCACUCUCGAUGUGGGGAACAAGAUGAAGGAGCUAUAUGAUUUUACGUCUCGCUUUCUUGAAGUUUCCAAAAUCAAUGAUUCAGAGUUUGAGGUUAAGGGAGAUACAAGAGAUCAAGUGGCGAAUUUUCAAACAAGGCAUUGUUCAUGCUUUGUGCUUGAUGUUGAGAAGUUUCCUUGUGCUCAUGCAAUUGCCGCUGCAAAGGCUGGAAAUAAGCAUGAAAAUGAUUAUGAUGAUGAGUUUUUCUCCAAUGAAAGGUUUACACUAGCAUAUUCAGAGAGUGUAUAUCAUGUUGGUGAUAAAGCAUAUUGGGAUAUUUGA